ACCGAGUACUACAACGCCAUGUGGGUUCCGAGAUUAGUUGGUCGUUCCCUGAGUCAACUGAAAACCAUUCAUACGGUUCAGUUUGCUCGCCAAAUCAGUGCCAAGAUCGUGAAUGAAUCGAAUAUCGAGGUGCAGCCGGAGGCAAAUGGCAAACCACUAACUUUUCCGGGUGUUUGGCUGCGGGACAAUUGCAUGUGCGGUGAUUGCUUUCACGGCAGCUCCAAGUCGCGUAAACUGGACUGGGAUAACUUCGAUACCCGCAUCCGGCCAGUCAGCCUGCAGACAGAUGAGCAAUCCAAGGAGGUGCUGGUCAAGUGGAGCGAUGCACACGAGAGCAGAUUCCCAUUGACGUGGCUAAAGGAGCGGAGUUUCGAGCCAGAUAAACAGCAGAAAUACCUGCGGGACUUCUACAGACCCACAACUAGACACUGGUCGGGUGCGGAGUUUCAGGAGAUUGCCCAGCACUUCAGCUACGAUGAGGUGAUGGCCCAGGACUCGGUGCUGAUGCAGUGGCUCCAGGCGCUGGCCGUCUACGGCGUGGCACUGCUCCGUGGUGCUCCGCUGGAUGAGGGCGUGGUGCGGCGACUGGCGGAUCGGGUGGGCUUCAUCAGGCGCACCACCUACGGCGAGGAGUUUGUGGUGCAGGCCAAGCCGGGUGCCCAGAAUUUUGCCUAUCUUUCGCUACCACUGCCCCUGCACACGGAUCUGCCCUACUACGAGUAUAAGCCAAGUGUCAACAUCCUGCACUGCGUUGUGCAAACGGAUUCACCUGGCGGCAGCAAUAUGCUGGUGGAUGGCUUCCACGUGGCCGACCUCCUGCGACGCGAUCAUCCCGAGGACUUUGAGCGCCUCAGCCGCGUGGUCGUCGAUUGGAACGACAUUGGCAGCGAGGAUGGACGAGAGUUUCACAACAUCUGGCGGGCACCAGUCAUCUGCUUGGACGCCGAGGGGCGAUACACGCGUAUAAAUCACAGCGUUCCGCAGCGGGACAGUCACUUCAACGUGCCGCUCGAGGAGGUCCUUCCGUGGUACGAGUCCUACGCGCGCUUCGUUCGCCUGGCCAUCGCGGAUAGCCACGCCUUCAAGACGCGUCCUGGCGAUGUCCUGACCUUCAACAACAUUCGCCUGCUCCACGGCCGUACUGGUUAUGAUGACUCGGAGGCGAGUCCGCGCUAUAUAGUGGGCGCCUAUCUGGACUGGGACAUCAUAUACUCGCGCCUGAGGGUAUUGAAAAAACGCUCGACUGCGAGUUGCCAAUAAAAGGCGAGAUAACAUAUUUUCCAAGCCAUUUGAUGUAAGCUUCUCAUUUGAAUACUUGCACCACAGCCCAAAAGAUUUUCGGUACUUUGCCAGCAGCCACAUAUGCUUCUGAAUCCUGAGUUCUGAGUCCUGAAUCCUGGAGGCAGGAUGACAUCCAGCAGCCGGAAUCCUCCUAAUCCGGUUUAGCUUAGGGCGCCAAUUUCGGCAGUUAAACCAGCUCAAGCGCAAAAAUGAAAAGUUGUAAAAAAUCGCGAUGAUCCUGGCGAUGAAAAAAAGUCACCACUUUGGGUAGGAGGGCAACAUUUGAUGGGCGGUGGGGGAAAAAUGUCUCGGCUUAUUUGCAUCGCGGCAUUGCCUGACAAAUCGUUUGUGAAAAUGAUUGACGUCGGUGGGCGUUGUGGGUAUAAAAUGCGUGAAAAGUGGGCGGGGCAAUUGCCUAAACACUCUGCGAGUGUCUAAAAGUGUACAUAUCUUAGGGGAAACACUUAAAAUCCAUCACACAGGAACAAGAUUGUAUCUAAGCCAAACCAUAAUCGUUACUAUGUUUUACAUAUGACAUUUUAUUUAUUUAAGCUAAGAUGAAAACAGAAAUUUUAUAGUAUAAUUAGAUAAUUAGAUAUAAAAUCAUUCCAAAGAGUGCAUCCAGUUGCAUUCCAGGGAUUUGCAUCUAGUAACAUUCGCUAAACCUUUAAUUACUAUUAACACAGGUGUUUUAGUUUGAAUGUUCAUUAACAAUUAUAGAAUUUCCCUCGUGUUAAUAUAGUUUCUGUGUAGUUUUUUCCAUUUUCCUUUAUGAAAUCUCAUGGAAAUCCUAGUUUGGAGUGCAAUAACCUUAAAUGGCACUCAAUGAGCAGCCCGUUUAUCGCCCGACACGCGUCUCCGGGUCCUCGAGGUGGCAGCUCUCGGGAUCCUCGAAGUACCCAACUGAAUGGGGCAAAAAAGAAAGUACUUGGGACCCGGAAACGUAGCCGUAAAUGUUGCCGUAACCGUUACUGUAACCAUGCCCUUACCCUUACCACCAGAAAAACAGAAAAAAAAAGAAGAAAAUCUGCCGCCUCCGGCUGGAAAACUUCUAU